UGCGACAUGGAGAGCCAAAAAGUUGAGACUACCAGCGCGGAUGACACAAUCUCCGCGGCUGACUCAUCGCCGGCGUUGAAUGUUUUGUGUUCCAUAUGUGACGCGUUCCUUAGAGCGAACGACAUUGUUUGUAACACCAACAAGUGCGGUCACGUUUUCCACAAGAACUGCCUAACUUCUUGGCUAGAUAGUUCCCUCACCUGCCCACAGUGCCAGACCCCAUGCGACCAAAAUCUCAUCACCAGAAUAUACCUUAACUUUGCCGAAGCCACAAAGGCCUGCGAUGAGACCCCUUCCGUUACGAAGUUCUAUAAAAUGGAUACCCAUUUCGAGUGGGUCCCCAUGAAUCUCGAUGAGGAUAGCCGUACGGAGGACUCGCAUCUGACCCCCGCUGGAGCUCUACGAUGUGGGGUCAACGAGAAGGGGCAUCCCACAUAUGUGGCUCGUGCCUAUUUCAAUAACGAUCGCCUGCCGGCUCACUAUGUACCGAAGGAAAAGGUUGCCUAUGGAGGAUGGGAUGGUCAUGCCUAUGCUUUAACAGAUGGCGUUGAGGUUCUGGUGCUGAAAGAUUGUGACCACGAGUGGGUGGAUGGUAAUGAUGGAUCCUAUCCGGAAGAUUCUUUGCCAACUGGAUAUUCCCAUUGGGGUGAGGUCACAUACACGGGACGCGGCUGGCACGAGGGAGUGCUCCGACUGGGCAAGGUCCAUCCUUCCCACAAGAAAAUGUUCGUACCACACCAGGAUGAGGAGGUUGGCCUUAAGGAGUACGAAGUUUUGGUGAUCACGCCACGGCAGCUUUCAUAUUCUUAAUCAUUAUGUUUUUUACAGCUACGUACACAAAAUUAUAACUUG